AUGUCUUCUUCAGCAGACCUUCCGCCACUGCCUCUACCUGCGGGCGUGACCGAGAACUACGUUCACUGCCCGUCGAACGGCCUGACGUUCCACAUCCUGGAAGCAGGUCAUACACCCGAACGUGACCGCCCGCUCAUCGUACUGACCCAUGGAUAUCCUGAGCUCGCCUUCUCAUGGAGGAAGAUCAUGGGCCCACUGGCUGACGCAGGUUACUAUGUCGUUGCCUUCGACCAACGGGGUUACGGACGCACCACAGGCUGGGACAACUCGUCGUUUGACAAAACAGAUAUGUCUCAAUUCACUUUAACGACCAUUGUCCGCGACGUCGUUGCCCUCGUUCAUGCACUGGGCUAUCGCCAUGUCAAAUGUAUUACAGGACAUGAUUUCGGUGCAGUCACGGCAAGUUUGGCUGCUCUUGUCCGGCCGGAUCUGUUCAGGAGCUGUAUCAUGAUGAGCCACCCCUUCAAAGCACCAGCUUCGCUACCCUUCAAUCUUCGCAAUGGAGACGGGCCGCCAGCAGCACCAAUGGACAUCCAAGCAGAGCUUUCCAAGCUGCCAGAGCCGAGGAAGCACUACAAGUGGUACAACAGUACGAGCGAAGCUGCCCCACAAUGGAACAAGCCUCCGCAAGGGAUGGAAGCAUAUCUUCGAGGUUACUUACACGUAAAAUCUGCCGACUGGAGCAACAACAACCCUACAGCACUCAAGGAGUGGUCUGCAGAAGAACUGGCGAAGAUGCCUCACUACUACAUCAUGCCCCGCGAUAAGUCAAUGCCGGAAACUAUUGCCGACAUGAUGGAGACUGAAGACACAUCUGCAACCAAGCGAUGGAUGUCUGACGAGGACUUGGGUGUGUAUGUCCAGGAGUGGUCGAGGACUGGCUUCCAGGGCGGACUCAACUUCUACCGCACAACAACGGAUCCAGCGAAGAAAAAGGACCUCGAGAUGUAUGCUGGCAGAAAAAUUGAAUGUCCAAGCGCCUUCAUCUCCGGCAAGCAAGACUGGGGUAAUUUUCAAGAGCCCGGCGCUAUCGAGGACUACCCCAAGUCAUGUUCGGAUUUCCGUGGUGCCAGGUUCAUCGAUGGCGCGGGCCAUUGGCCACAGCAAGAACAGCCAGAGAAGGUUGUCGAAGAAAUGUUGCAGUUCCUCGGCAGCCUUUGA